AUAUUUGCCCACAUGAAAGCAACAUAAGUAGAAAAACCAAGCGUUUUCAGUUAUAGUUCAAGACUUGUAGGAACAAAAAAAUGGCGGUCGAAGUGUUUUUUACAGUUUACGAAAACAUGGAAGAUGGAACAGAACAGAAAAAUGAAAACAUGCCCCACAAAAAGACAGCUAAUCCAAACACCGCUUCUUUGGCCGAUAUUUUCCAUUAAAACUUUGGCUAUCGUAACCACCCACCAAAUCAAUCAAUGUCAAAAUUCAAUUUUUUUUUGGUUAUAAAUCCUUUCCUCUUUCGUUGUCUCUCUCUUUUUUAACGGUUACACUACUACAUUUCUUUGUUCUUCCCUAUUCACAUAGCAGAGUGAGAGAAACAGAGAGGAAACAGAAGAUUUAUAAAGGAAAGAAGCUCUUUGUUUAUGUUUUAGGCAAAAAACCCAGAUGGAUUUUAGCUCCUUUUUGACGUCCUUAGGGACGUCUUUUAUAAUAUUCGUAGUUUUGAUGCUGCUCUUUGCUUGGCUUUCGACAAGGGAAGGGAACGCGGUGGUGUAUUAUCCAAACCGGAUGUUGAAAGGUUUAGAACCGUGGGAAGGCGGUUCAAGGACACGAAACCCUUUGGCUUGGAUAAGGGAAGCCUUGUCUUCUACUGAACAAGAUGUUAUCAACAUGUCUGGGAUUGACACUGCCGUCUACUUUGUGUUCUUGAGCACUGUAUUAGGGAUAUUGGUUCUGUUUGGCAUUGUAUUGCUUCCAGUUCUUCUACCCGUUGCUGCAACUGGUGAUGGUAUAAAGAAAAAUACAAAGAGUACUACAAGCAACGGGACUUUCAAUGACCUAGACAAGUUGUCAAUGGCAAAUAUUGAAGAGCAGAGUCCAAGGUUGUGGGCAUUCCUGAUAGCCAUCUAUUGGGUCUCUGUUGUCACCUUUUUCCUUUCAUGGAAGGCUUACGAACAUGUUUCUGCACUAAGAGCUAAUGCUUUAAUGUCUCCUGAAGUGAAACCUGAGCAAUUUGCUGUUCUUGUUAGAGACUUGCCAAAUGUCAAUCCGGGUCAAACUAGAAAGGAGCAGGUUGAUUCAUAUUUUAAAUCUAUCUAUCCUGAGACAUUCUACAGAUCAAUGGUGGUUACAAACAACAAAGAGGUUGACAAAAUCUGGGGAGAGUUGGAAGGAUACAAAAAGAAGCUUACACGUGCUGAAGCAAUAUAUGCUGAGUCCAGCGGCUCAGAAGGGACAAAACCAACCCACAAAACUGGCUUCCUUGGUCUCUGUGGUAAAAAGGUUGACAGCAUAGACUACUAUAAUGAAAAGAUCAAAGAACUGACACAAAAAUUGGAAGCUGAGCAAAAGGUGACCCUCCGAGAAAAGCAGCUAGGAUCUGCUUUGGUUUUCUUUAACAACAGGGUAACUGCAGCCUUGGCUGCUCAAAGCCUACAUGCCCAGAUGGUUGACAGAUGGACAGCUACGGAAGCACCUGAACCUCGCCAACUUAUAUGGAGCAAUCUGAGUAUCAAGUUUUUUGAAAGGAUAAUACGACAAUAUAUUAUUUACUUUGUUGUGUUUCUGACUAUAGUUUUUUAUAUGAUUCCAAUUGGUUUUAUUUCUGCACUCACAACCCUCAAGAAUCUAAGAAAACUUCUCCCAUUCCUGAAGCCCAUUGUUGAUAUGGACGCAAUUAAGACAGUAUUGGAAGCAUAUCUUCCCCAGCUUGCGCUCAUUAUAUUUUUGGCAUUACUACCGAAGUUUCUUUUGUUUCUCUCUAAGACUGAGGGAAUUCCUUCCGGGAGCCAUGUAAUAAGGGCUGCAUCUGGGAAAUAUUUUUAUUUUACUGUGUUGAAUGUUUUCAUUGGUGUUACUAUUGGUGGAACUUUGUUCAGUUCGUUGAAGACCAUUGAGAAGAAUCCUAACUCUGUUGUUUCCUUGCUGGCAAAAAGCCUCCCAGGCAAUGCAACUUUCUUCCUCACUUUUGUGGCUCUAAAGUUCUUUGUCGGCUAUGGGCUUGAGCUUUCUCGAAUAGUUCCUCUAAUCAUAUAUCAUCUGAAGAGGAAAUAUCUAUGCAAGACUGAAGCCGAGUUAAAAGAAGCUUGGUUUCCUGGAGAUAUUAGCUAUGCCACUAGAGUUCCUAGUGACAUGCUCAUCAUAACCAUUGUUCUCUGCUACUCAGUUAUAGCUCCUGUGAUCAUCCCAUUUGGAGUGCUUUACUUUGCCUUGGGUUGGCUUAUUCUCCGGAAUCAGGCACUUAAAGUUUAUGUUCCAGCAUAUGAGAGCUAUGGAAGAAUGUGGCCUCACAUGCAAACACGAAUCAUUGGUGCCUUGCUGUUAUACCAAGUUACUAUGUUGGGUUACUUUGGGGUGAUGAAAUUCUAUUACACUCCCAUCCUAAUUCCGUUACCCCUAUUGUCUCUACUCUUCUUCUAUGUCUGUAGAAAGAAAUUCUACAAGGCUUUUUGUCACACUGCUCUUGAAGUUGUUAGCCAAGAACUGAAGGAAACUCCUCAGAUGGAUCAGAUAUUCAAAUCCUUUAUCCCGCCGAGCUUGAUUUCUGAGAAGGGAGAAGAUGAACAGUUUGAAGAUGCUUUAUCUGAAGUUUCCAGAACAGGCUCAUAUGUUUGAUGGACAUUUUUUUUGUAUUUCUACUAUGAUGUCGUGCUAGUGUCUCAAAUCACAUGUCCUGAAACUUAGAUUGUCUGUUGAUAAUAUGCUUUAGGGAACCAUGCGGUUAGGUUGUGUGUUUGUAACAUAAUGAUUUCCUUUGGAUCGUUAGCUUGGAUUUCUUUCAAUUCCUGUUCAAUGAUAAUGCAAGUUUGGAUGGAGGAUGGUCACUUUAUUCAGCUUGCAUGGGCUCAAA